AUGGGGAAGUCAGCAGAGGCCACGAUCCAAGAGGUCGAUGCUGCUGCCUUUCACCUUUUGAAUGCAGAUUUCAAAGGGGUGAAUGCAUUCUGCAAAGGAGCGAAUGCACUUUGCGAAAAGACCUUGGGCAUUUCUCGCGAUGCGUUGCUGCAGUGCAGGCGUCUGCGGCUGGUGGCACGUUUGGCAAAGGUCCUGCGACUGCUUUCUCAGCCCGGGGAGCGGCUCAGCAAUGCGGCUCGCGAUUGGGCCAAGACGCCCAACAUCGAUGCACUUCUGGGAGUUAGGGACAUCGGCUUGGAAGAGGGUCCAUCCUCGUCUUCAGCAAGCUCGGAUCGGCUCCCGCGUGAGGUCUUUGAAGCAGCGCGCAAGUUGAGCCGUGAAAUGCUGCCGAAGCAUGCCGAGGAGGAUCCCAUCGAAAUUGCCUCGUCCAAGGACUCGCAGUCGCAGGCCUCCACAGUGCCGGGUGAAGCUUUCAGGCCGGCGGAGUCGAGCGAGGACCGAGGUUUGAAGCGCUACAAGCCCACGCCAGGUGUGCAGGGAGAACGAUCUGCAGACCAAAGGCCUUCUCGGGGUGGCCCCAACAUCUUCGAUGACCCGUUAGUCAGCGAGCUGCCUGCCUUCGAAGACUGUCUUCCAGGAGGGCGGUCCAACAAGCGAGUGCACUCUUUUGCGCAGCUGGUGGAGGGCGACACCAGUGUGGCGCAAGCUGGAGCCCCGAAGCCGAGGAAGGAAUACACUGUCUGGACGGAAGGAGAAGAGCAGCGUCUGCUCGAAGGCUUUCGGAUUUACGGAAAGCAGUGGAACAUGAUUUCCAAGAGCUGUGGCCUCCAACACAGGAAUGGGAUACAGAUCAAAGACAAGUGGCGAAACCUCCAGAAAAACGGUCUCGUGCCGGCGCGCGACGGCAGAGAUGGCCGAUCAGAAGUGGAGGACUGA